AAGGAAUAUAAUGGCCAAGGAUCACAAGGAUAAAAAGAGAAAGAACGAAGAGGAAGAUGUUUCUGUGAAGAAACAUAAGUCCGAAAAGAAGGAUAAGAAAGAAAAGAAGGAGAAGAAAGACAAGAAGGAGAAGAAAGACAAGAAGGAAAAGAAGGAUAAGAAGGAUAAGAAGGAUAAGGAAGAAAAGAAGGAUAAGGAAGAAAAGAAGGAUAAGAAAGAAAAGAAGGAUAAGAAAGAAAAGAAAGAAAAGAAACUUGAUAUCGCACAAGUUCCUCAAGGAAAAGCUCUUUCUUCAGCAGGAUACACUCAAUCAGAAUCGUUAACCAAAUUACCGGAAUCAGAAAUCAAGGACUUUUUGACUAGUAAUGAAGUCAGUAUCGAAGAUCCUCACUCAUUGAACUUGAGACCGUUAUUAUCAUUUGAUCAGAUUGACUUGGAUUCCAAAGUUUCUUCGGUUAUUAAUAAGUUUCCAAAACCAACCCCAAUUCAAUCAGUUUCAUGGCCAUUUUUAUUAAGUAAUAAAGAUGUGAUUGGUGUUGCAGAAACUGGUUCAGGUAAAACAUUUGCAUUCGGGGUGCCAGCAAUUAAUAAUAUCUUAACCUUGAAUAAAAAGGGAUUGAAAGUUUUAUGUAUUUCACCAACUCGUGAAUUGGCUUUACAAAUCUAUGAUAAUUUAGUUGAAUUAACCGCAAAUACCGAUAUUAAUUGUGUUGCAAUUUAUGGUGGUGUUUCAAAAGAUGAUCAAGUUAAAAAAUUAAGAAAUGCAAAUGUAGCCGUUGCCACCCCUGGUAGAUUGGUUGAUUUAUUGAAUGAUGGCUCGGUUGAUUUAUCUUCGAUUGAUUAUUUAGUUCUAGAUGAAGCUGAUAGAAUGUUAGAAAAAGGUUUUGAAGAAGAUAUUAAAGCCAUCAUUGGCUCCACUCCUGAUAAAUCAAACAGACAAACUCUUAUGUUCACCGCUACUUGGCCAAAAGAAGUUAGAGACUUGGCUUCAACUUUUAUGAAUCAACCAAUUAAAGUCAGUAUUGGUGAUCGUGAUGAAUUGGCUGCCAAUAAAAGAAUUACUCAAAUCGUCGAAGUUAUUGAACCUUAUGAUAAAGAAAAAAAAUUAUUACAAUUAUUGAGUAAAUAUCAAUCUGGUAAUCAUAAAAAUGAUAAAAUCUUAAUUUUUGCAUUAUAUAAAAAAGAAGCUGGUAGAAUUGAAAGUUUAUUACAUAGAAAUCGUUAUAACGUUGCUGCCAUCCAUGGUGAUUUAUCUCAACAACAAAGAACUCAAGCCCUUAACUCUUUCAAAAAAGGUGAAUCCAAUUUAUUAUUAGCAACCGAUGUUGCUGCUAGAGGUUUAGAUAUUCCAAAUGUUAAAGUCGUCAUCAACUUAACUUUCCCCUUAACCGUCGAAGAUUACGUUCAUAGAAUCGGUAGAACCGGGAGAGCUGGCCAAUACGGUACUGCCCACACCUUAUUCACCGAACAUGAAAAACAUUUAAGUGGUGGGUUGAUGAAUAUCUUAAGAGGUGCUAAUCAACCAGUUCCAGAAGAAUUAUUGAAAUUCGGUGGCCACACCAAAAAGAAAACCCACUCUGCUUAUGGUGCCUUCUACAAAGACGUCGACAUGACUAAAACAGCUAAGAAAAUCAAAUUCGAUUAAACAUUUCCCUUCUUGUUUGUAUAUAUAGUUCUCUAAUAAAACAGUUUUUUUGCAGUAAAUACAAUCCGGU